GGUCCACUUGAGAGGCGCUGGCAUCUGAGCGCCCACGCGCACCACCGCCGCUGGGGGGCCCUCCUCUCCCUGACACUGCUGGCCCACCGCGAGAGCUCCCAUCCUUCUCGGGCCUGCAUGCGCACACGGGGAGCCAGCCCACGUGUCCCCUCCUUCCACGUGUGCCCGCUCCGGUCACGUCCUGUGGCGCCGAGACGUGGCGGGCCGCCACGGGCCAGACGCCGCGCGCCGCGGGGUAUAUCCGACUGAGCUCGCUCGCGACACCCCCGCCGCCGUAAUCGACUGGCACCCACCCACCGCCGUUCCAUCGAUCCCCAUGUCCGACGAUCAGCAGCAUGGCGGCGGCCAGCGGCAAUGCCGGAGGGGCAUCACGCCCGACGUCGAGCUCGGCGCGGCCCUGGCGCUGGCCGACAUGGCCGGCAGUAGCGUCGGGCUCGGACCGGCCCACGAGCGCGCGCAGGCGAAGGGCAAGGCGCGGCCGGCUGUGGUGCAGCUGCACACGGGCGCCGGCGCCGAGGAGGCCAUGACCGACGACGAGGAGAUGGCGAGCACCAGGCUGAGCCUCCAGCUGGGCAGGGUCGGGAUCCAGUCGUCCUCCUGCUCCAGCGGCUCCAGCGCCGGGCGCCCAUCAUCGCGGCAGCCGGCGCCGGCUACUCACGGCCCCAGGCCACGGCACAUGCUCACCGAGGCGGAGAAGGAGGCGAAGCGGCUGCGGCGGGUGCUCGCCAACCGGGAGUCGGCGAGGCAAACCAUCCUUCGCCGGCAGGCGAUUCGAGAUGAGCUUGCGCGAAAAGUUGCAGACCUGUCGUCAGAGAACGAGACCAUAAAAAAGGAGAAGGACCUGGUGAUGGAGGAGUAUCUGUCCCUGAAAGAGACGAACAAGCAGCUGAAAGCUCAGGCACACGACCUCUCGCUUUCCUUAUUCUAAGCAAGGGAUUUUCUUAUUCUCGUUCUUCUAGCUAGGAUCGAUAGGCCGGCCGAGCAAAGAAAAAGAAGAAAAUAAUUAGAGGCUGGAACUAUCCAGUUGUUCGAUUCCAAGCUAGCCACAUGACCGACCUUUACUGGGUCAUCAGUGCCGUACACAUUAGCCGAGUUGGGAACUGUUUCGGCUGAGCCUUGCUCUGACAUCUGUAUGGAUGAAUGAUCAUGCUGUUUCUAUAAA